AUAUAAAGCAAACACAACUUUUCAACUUGAAAACCUCUCUUUAAAAAAACCUCAUGUCUCUCGUUAUCCGUUUGCUCCGACAUCGGAGGCGACGUCGGAUGCGUGCUCCUCCUUACUCGUCCUCGUUUUCAUUUUUGCCUCCUGAUGUUGCUCUCUCCCUUCGGUCGAUAUACUUGGAGUUCUGAUCUUUUGCCGGCUUCUCAUCAUCGGUGAGGCCUCGCUGCUUGUGGAGUUCGCCAGCUGCUUGGAGGUCCGGUGAGGCGCACAAGGGUGGUUCAGCUCAGGGGGUCGGUUUUUAGGGAUUAUGGUUCAUCGGAGUUUCCUUUUCUCCCUUAGAUCUUCGGCGUGUCUCAAGGAACGGUGGCGCGUGGCUUCGUCAAUGGGCCUCUUCUUCCCAGAUUUGUGCUUCACUGGUAUAAACUUUUUCGAUCCGUUCAGGAAAAGUGGGGUGGUGGCGCGUAGGUUUUCUGCUCGCUUGGUGUCUUGCGGCGAAAGCUCACCUCUUCGUAAUCCAGGAGGUUUUCGGUGUAUCUCACCGACGCGUACAAGGAGGUUAGGUCGUCGCGUGUCGGUCUCAUCUUCUUGGUGGUGGCGCGUGCAAGUUGUAGCUCGGCGGAGGCGGCAAGUCGUCUAUGGCUCCGGCGGGUUCUUGGUCCUUCUAGCGAUGGACUGGUCUUGAAGGCAUUUUGCUUUGAAGCACAUCAUCCCAGCGCAAGGGUCUUAGUCAUUUGGCUGCUCUAGUGGGUGUGUUUCUAACCGUUUUCGUUGCAUGUUUUGUUCUAGUUGGUGUGUGUUGCAGCCUCUUCCAGUCCCGCGUUAUUUAAUUUCAUGUUUGGUUGUGUAGUUGUAUGUUUUUUUUUCUUGUGUUUAGGUUGUGAUAAGCUUAGAUCGUGAUGGUGUUUCAAAAAAAAAAAAAAAAAAGCUUAGAUCGUGAUGUUGUGUUGUAGUCUCUCUGGACUUCAUGGUCGUAAUGUGUCAAUCAGGGAGGAGGAAGUGGAGACUUGUUCUCCCGCCCCGAUUAACUGGAACCAGCCGGUGAUCACUGAUGUCGGGUCCGGGGUUAUGAUAAGCGGCUUUGUCUGUGUAUCCUUCCUAGAGUCGGGUCUGGAGUUUAACGAAGUAAUCCGACUGUGUAUCAUUCGAAAGUGUAACGGGGAUAGUUUUAGGUCGUACGGAUUUUAUCCGAAUCUCAGUUUAUAUUCAUUACUUAUGCCCAUUUGGGAUGAUAAAUAAUAAUCUGUAUUUAAAAAAAAAAGAUGUAAGGCAAACAAGUAUUUGUGCCUAGUGAUUAGUGUAAAUUUUGUUAGGGAAAAUUGAAAAGAACGAACUUAUUAUGGGCAUUGUGUAAUAUGUAGCAUAAUAGUGCUUGAGAUAAGAAGACUCUCUUAUUUAGCAAUAGAGAGAGAGAGUGUCGUGUCUCUGUAUAUUCGUUGCAGACACUAACAGUAACGCAGGAAAGGAAAGAUGAUGACGGCUGCAGUUACAGCCCCUUUCUGGUCUCUAUCGUCGUGCUCUCUGCUUCCUUGUCAAGGGCGAAUGCAAUGGAAACGAAACGAAAAGAAACGGUUCUCGAGAAAAGUGGCUUUUAUAACAGCUGGGUUUGAGCUUAAGCCUCCUCCAUAUCCUCUUGAUGCUCUGGAACCGCAUAUGAGCCAGGAAACUUUGGAUUAUCACUGGGGCAAGCAUCACAAAACUUAUGUAGAGAACCUGAACAAGCAAAUCGUAGGCACGGAUCUUGAUGGAUUGUCGCUGGAAGAGGUUGUGCUUCUUUCAUACAAUAGAGGCAAUAUGCUUCCUGCCUUCAACAACGUCGCACAGGCAUGGAACCACGAGUUCUUCUCGGAGUCUAUUCAACCUGGAGGUGGAGGAAAGCCAAGUGGAUAUCUCCUCAGACUGAUAGAGAGAGAUUUUGGUUCUUUCAAUGACCUUUUAGAAAGGUUCAAGGCAGCUGCAGCCUCCAACUUUGGUUCCGGUUGGACUUGGCUUGCAUACAAGGCGAAUAGACUGGAUGUUGCAAAUGCCAUAAAUCCACUUCCAAAGGAGGAAGACAAGACGCUUGUAAUAGUAAAAACUCCCAAUGCAGUAAAUCCGCUCGUAUGCGAUUAUUCUCCACUUCUCACCAUUGAUACAUGGGAGGUAUAA